AUGACCAGCCAAGAGACCUACUUCUCAGCCAAUCGGUUCCUCUUUCCGUGUGUCAAGCCCAGCCAAUCGUCACACGAGAGCGUAGACUCGGGAUGCUGUGACAUCGAGACUCCGCUGAACUCCCGCUCAAAGACGUUUGACACCGUUAGCCUAAUCAACACUUCACCAACGUUGCUGCACCAGUCAUUCCACUCACGUGCGCCAGCCUUCCCUUCACCUCCACUGAAGCAACCGCCGCCGCCACCGCCGCUGCCGCAGAAACGAUCCACCCUCAGGAAAGACGAGUCACACAACGGAACUGCAACGGGCGCCUCGUACAAGUACCUCACCUGGAGGGAGAAGGACCGACGUCGGCGAUUUCGAGAGGAAUGGAAACAUUUGUGGCUGGUCGUGCCCUAUGGCUCAUACGAGGUGAUGUGCCUAGUAUGCCACAAGAUAAUGACCCAGAGGAAACUGGACACAAUAAAACGCCACACAAUCCGCCGGCACGCGGAACUUCUCUCCAUGUCGGAAAUGGAGCGCCAACGUCUCUACCAUGACCUUGUAACUCAACGUCUUCGCCGCGCAGGUGGCAGUGGUGGCUCGUCUCAGGGAAAUUUUUGUGGCGCCGACGGCGACCCGUUUUGUGUCAGUGGGCUCCCUGGCCUGUCCACUGCAAGACUUCGACAGGAAGCCUCUAAGAGUGAUCGCGGAGAGGGUAUGGUGAGGAGGCAUUCUCGUUUGCCUCCAGAAAUUCCUCCAUCCCCAUUCAAAGCUCGCAUGAGUGUGCCACGGAGGCCUGAAGGCGAAAAACAGCCUCUACUGCCACCCAACGAGCAGACCAAAUCCUCUACAGCAAUGCCACACAUAAAAGCCAUAGAAGGCAUUUUAUCCCAAGGACACCUCCAGUCACUGUUUGCUAAGUACCUAAUGGGAUUUCCGCCUCCACAGAUACCACCGUGCAAACGGUUAGAUGUGCCUCCUGGUCCAAUUUGGCGAAGACCUCCGGUACAGCACACUUGCGGAAUGGGAACGCCCCAUGCCUUCUACCAUUUCAAGAAGAUCCCUUCAGGCUCCACGUCCACCCACAGAAACCUCCUUGACUUUGAGUCAUUUGGCGCUAGGGCUCCGUUAGACAUGUCUACAUCUGCCACAAGUCAAAUUCAGGCAUUUCCAAACGACCUAUCAAUGAAAAGAUGUUCCUCCACAACCCCUGACGGUGGCACCUCGUUGACUGAGCGGCUGGUGAGGCUUGUAAGUACCUGGGACACGGCUGCAUUUGGUCCAAGGAACCAUCCACCACCACCACCUCCUCCUCCACCACCCCCACCACAGCCAGAUGCCGCUGCGCUUUUGCUCAAUCGUUGA